AUGUCGACAAACGCAAAAACAACAAAUUUAAAAGACAAAAAGAAAAUUAUAUGUGGAGCCUGCGACGCAGAUUUAGCACCUGAUCAUUACGGCAUACAAUGUGUACAAGGACACCAUUAUUGUACGGAUUGUUCAAAGCAAAUUGUUAAUUUAUUUUUCUCAGAUCCUCAAGUGUAUAUACCAUUACGUUGUGUUCAAUGUCGUGUUGAAUUAAAUCCAUGUGUAUUUGAACGACAAUUAACACUUACACAAAUUGAUUUCUAUAAUAAACAUAUGCUUGCAUUAGUAUGGGUAAAAGAAUUAGUGGGUCCUGAUGAACGUUUAGACAAUUGUCCAUUUUGUAGUUCCGCAGUUAUACGUGGUAAAAAUGACCCAAAGUUCUUUUCUUGCGAACAUCCAGAGUGUGGUAAAACAUCGUGUUUAGUAUGUCAAAAAGCUUGUCCUUCACUUUUCACUGAUUAUGCUACUGAGGAGGAACUCGAAGAAAUGAUCAGACAUUCCAUUUGUGCAGACUUAGCUGAUGAUAAACAAGCAUUUGAUUUAGCCGUAGAAAAUGGACAAAAAGUAUCAUGUCCUAAAUGUGGUUUAGCUGGUAUGAAAGAUGAUUCAUGUACACAUAUGACUUGCCCAACAUGUUGUCAAGUUUGGUGUUAUUUUUGUGGAAAACGAGUUGAAGAUUGUGAUAAAGAACAAAAUGGAAACAAUGGUAUAAUUGAUCAUAAUCAUGAUUGGGAUGUAAAUCCUAAACGAUGUCCAAUGUAUUUUACACAAAUUCAAGAUAUUGAUCCUCGAUGGCCAGACAAUGAAACAAAUUGCUUAAUUAUGUUUCAUCGUAAUCGUUCAUUACGUUUAUUACGUGAUGUACUUGGAAAACUUGGCAAAGAUCGUAUUGAUAAAUUGAAUAAUCAUUUUCAUGUACUUGAUUCAUGUGGUUUUUCACUGAGAGAAAUUCUUCAAGAAGAUUUAACAUUGAUUCAAGGUCGAGAUAGAUUUCGUCGCAAUAAUAAUAAAAAUUAA